AUGAAGGCAUGUAAAAAUAACACAAACUUUUUUUGGUGUAAUUUAAAAAAUAAAUUACGAUUAGAUGGUCGAAACUUUGAAGAUUCACGAAAUGUGUCGAUAUAUUUUUUGGGGGAUUAUGGGAAUGUUGAAGUUUCUAUUGGAAAUACAAAAGUAGUAUGUAAAAUAACAAGUGAAAUAGUUAAACCAUAUGAUAAAAAACCUAAUGAAGGAAUUAUAAAGAUAAAUUUAGAUGUAGAAAGUUUUAACACAUAUAAUGAUAUAUCUAAAAUAUCAGAUGAAUGUUUAGAAAUAAAAAAUUUAAUUGAAAGAAUAUUUAAAGCUAGUAACAUUUUAAAUUUUGAAUCUCUUUGUAUAAUACCAUAUAAAAAAGUAUGGUGUUUAUUAAUUAACAUUACAGUAAUUGAAAAUGAUGGAAAUUUAUAUGAUUCAUGUUAUUUAUCAGCAUAUAGUGCAUUAUUACAUUUUAGAAAUAGCAGUGUUGAUAUUGACAAUACAGGAAAUGUAAUUAUAGAUGAAGAAGAAGUUAACUAUACAUCUUUAUCUGUACAUAACUCUCCAAUUUUAACAACUUUUGCAUAUUUUAAUUUUGAAGAAAUUUGUUUAAUUGACCCAUCAUUAUAUGAAGAAGAAUUUAUGUCAUCAAAAUUAUCUAUUGCUAUUAAUAAAAAUGAAAAUUUAAUAAGCAUAUUAAAACCUGGUGGAUUACCAAUUUCAUAUGAUAAAAUUCUACAAGGUAUUGAAUUAGCAAAAAAAAGAGUUAAAUCGAUUUUAAAAAUAUUGAAAGAUGCAUUAAAAGAAGAUAAUGAUUUGAGAAAUAAUUUAAAAAAAAAAAAUUUACACAUAAAAUAUUCUAGUAAUCCUGUCCAUAUAAAAUAUGAUGGAGACGAUAUUGUGGAAAAAUCAUUAGAUGUUACAAUAAAUCAAAUGGUAAUAAAUAACUUGAACAUUGAAAAAAUUGUGAAAAAAUAUGAACAGUACAUCCUUUCGAAUGGAGAAAAUAUUAAUUCUAUUAUUGGCAAAAAUAAUAUUGAAGAAAAUAAAAUUCUAAAUGAUACUUUGAUUCUUAACAAACAAUAUGAUAUUGAUCAAGAAUUGAGGAGGAUGAAAGAAGAAAAUAUAAUAAAAAGUGAAAAUUAUUUUCACCGUAUUCCUAACUAUAAUAACAAUUUAAAUAUCCAUCCCAAUGAAAAUUAUAAUAAUAAAAAUAUAAAUAAUACAAAAAUAAAAAGGCAAGAAUUUGAAGAUAAUAAAUCAAAUAUACAUACUAUGAAAAUUAUGAAAUCAAAUAAUAUCAAAAACAAUGAAGAAAUAAAAUUUUCAAGUACAAUAUCUCAAGAUAUGCAAAGUAAAGAUUCCCAUUAUAAUUUAAUGGAAAAUAAAGUCUUAAAUUCAAAUUUUGAGAAUGAAAAAAAAAACAUCAAAAUUAAAGAACAAAAUAAACUAUCAAAUGAUGAAACCGGCGAAUCGUCAGAUAUAGACUUUUCUGUUGCAAUAAACCAAAAUUUAAAGAAACAUACCCCCAAAAAAAAGUGA